CGCCGGGUCUGGACGCUUAACCGACAUAGCGAGACGAGAAGCCGUUACCUUGAGCGACGACAUUCUUUGAGACUCGAAUUCGCUCCUCUGUGUUAAUCCAUUAGUUGGUUUGACCAGACUAACACAUUUGGGCGAGACCGCUGUGCUACAGUCAGUUUGUCUUAGCCUAUCCUUAUCUUAAACGGGGAGGUAGUGCGCUUUUUCGCCUUGAACGAAGGACUUUUUGUGGACUGUCUGCCAUCCCAGUGUACAAUUUCUGCCUCUGCAUCUGCCCAUCACCAAGGGAUGCCCAGGGAGCUAACUCAGAACCGGAUCCAAAAGCUCUGGAUUCCUUCUAAAGAUGACAAACCAGCGAUGCCAAGUCGUGGUGCAGGCCGAGCUGGAGGUCUGGCUAACCCCCCCACCCUCAUCGUGAUGGUGGGCCUGCCUGCCCGCGGCAAGACCUACAUGUCACGCAAACUCACACGCUACCUCAACUGGAUCGGCAUGCCUACCAAAGUCUUCAAUGUUGGAGAGUAUCGCAGGGAGGCCGUGAAGCACUACAGCUCCGCGGACUUUUUCAAAGCGGACAACAAGGAUGCCGUAGAGAUCAGAAAUAAAUGUGCCUUAGCCGCCCUCAGAGAUGUCAAAGUCUACCUCACAGAAGAAGGCGGUCAAGUUGCGGUGUUUGAUGCUACGAAUACCACCAGGGAUAGACGAGAUCUGGUCUGCAGCUUUGGCAACGAACAUGGCUUUAAGAUCUUCUUUAUCGAGUCAGUCUGUGAAGACCCUAGUGUCAUUGCUUCAAAUAUCAUGGAGGUGAAGGUGUCGUGCCCUGAUUACCAAGACUGCAAUAAGACCGACGCCAUGGAGGACUUCCAGAAGAGGAUUGAGUGUUACAGACAGACCUAUGAGCCUCUGGACCCGGAUCAUUACGACAAGAGCCUGUCCUUCAUCAAGGUGAUUGACGUGGGCCGGCGUUUCCUUGCCAACCGCAUCCAGGACCACAUCCAGAGCAAGAUCGUCUACUACCUGAUGAACAUCCACGUGCAGCCACGCACCAUCUACCUGUGCCGGCACGGAGAGAGCCAGGACAACCUGCAAGGGAGGAUAGGGGGAGACUCGGGACUGUCGGCCCGGGGGAGAAAGUUCUCUGCCGCCUUGGCCAACUUUGUGGAGGAGCAGAACCUGAAGGACCUGAAGGUGUGGACCAGCCAACUGAGGCGGAGCAUCCAGACGGCUGAGGCCCUGGGGGUCCCCUACGAACAGUGGAAGGCCCUCAACGAGAUUGACGCUGGUGUGUGUGAGGAGAUGACGUACGAUGAGGUGAAGGAAAAGUACCCUGAGGAGUUUGCCCUGAGAGAUGAGGACAAGUACUACUACCGCUACCCUUCAGGCGAGUCGUAUCAGGACCUGGUGCAGCGUGUGGAGCCGGUGAUCAUGGAGCUGGAACGCCAGGAGAACGUUCUCGUGGUCUGUCACCAGGCCAUCAUGAGGUGCCUGCUGGCCUACUUCCUGGACAAGAGUGCAGAUGAGAUGCCGUACCUGAAGUGUCCUCUUCACACUGUCCUGAAACUCACCCCUGUGGCUUACGGAUGCAAAGUGGAGUCCAUCUCGCUGAAUGUGGAGGCAGUGAACACUCACAGGGACAGACCUGAGGAGGUGAAGCGUGCUCCUCCCCACUCCCUGAUCCGCCGCAACAGCGUGACCCCCCUGACCAGCCCCGAGCCCCUGAAGAAGCCGCGCAUAGACGACCUGGAGGAGGCCGCCGCCGCCGCGGGCCUGCUGCCCGACACGCUGCCCACCAGCCUGCCCAGCGCCCUGGCACUCUGCUCCUCACCACACCUGGCACUCACCGGACCGUCCUGGCUUGGCAAGGCUUGCCUAACCUGAGCAGAGGACCGCUGGACCGCCGGGACCACCCCCAGCUCUGCCAAUGAGAUUGCUCCGCCAGCACAGCACCUGACCUCAACCAGGAAGUGGUGCUUGUGCUGUGUCAUCGUGGUGGCAUGUGGGUGGGCAGUGAGACUCUAACAGCUAACAGCGCCACGACUUGAUGCUUCUAGUGUGUUUUUGGUUAGGGGGCAGACCCAGGGGCAGACAAAAAAGAGCAGAGGACCCCCCUAAUUUCCCUGGCUGCAGGCAUGUCGCUGGGCACCUACACCAAAAGGGCUCUACUACUAGCUCCAGUGCUAACGCUAAAGGAACGUCAGUGAAGCUGCUGCAUUCGUCUUGUCUUAGUGUUUUCUUUUUGUUUUCUUUUCGUUUUGGUUUGUUUUUGUGGAUGGAUUUGAUGUCAAGGUCUUACAGUAUCAGUGUGGGAAGGAGAGGAGAGAGGCCAGAAGGUCUUUACUAUAUGUGUUGCUGCUGCUGCCAGUGCUCUGCUGUCAGUGUGUCUCUCUGUGUGAGUGUGUGUUUCUCAGUGUGGGUUUAUGCCAGAAAGAGAGAGAGAGAGAGAGAGAGAGAGAGAGAGAGAGAGAGAGAGAGAGAGCCUGAGAGAUUAUGUUUGAGUCAAGGAGUCCUCAUAGAGACAUUAAUCUGAAGAAUGAAGGACGAAGAUGGGGUUGACUAAGAAUUGCGUGUGUUCUUGUUUCUGAUUUUCUGACAGGGUUGAUAAAAAAAACACUUUAAUUAAUUAACUGAUUAUAUCUGAUUAAUUAAAUGACCUAGAGUGCCUACCUAGCAUGUACAGGCUGCUAUCAAGUCUCUUGCCUAUAGUAGAUUUGGGCUCGGGCUUUCUGUCUAUAUCUUUUUUAUAGACACAUUGUAACAUGUCAUUGUAUAUUAGUAUGCUAUCGUGUACAGUCUUUCACAUAAUCGUAUCCUACAACAGACAUAUUUCAUGUUGGAUUGUAUUUUGAGUAAUGCUGAGGCCCAACCUCAGCGGGUCAAUAAUGUGUUCGUUUAGUUGUCACAGUUCAAGCAUUUGAUACGGUAGAUGCCGCAUGUUAAAUAGUUGCUAUGUGAGCUUGAACCAAAAUGGUUGCUACUUUGUUUCGAUUUUUUAAUACUCAAAUCAAUGUAGUCAAUUGUACAUAUAAUUUGCAAGCUACAGAAACAAUGUAACACAGAGAUGAGCAGUGAUUGUAAUUAUUUUUUGAAAGAAGAAAAAUGUUGGAGAAGUUGUUUCACUGUUUGUAUCGCAUGUCCCUUAAAGAUGCUGUAUGAUCUUCAGUUUUAUGAGAUGCACUUUUUCUGUGUUCUGAUUGGCUGACAGAGAAGUUUAAUGCAGUCACAUGACAUGAAUGGAAAGUCAUAUCUUUGUUUUCGUUGUUGACUAACACGUGCAGUUCACUGUAGAUUGCUUGUGAUACUUGAAUUUUAUUUUGUACAAAAAACAGCAAAUACAAAAACAGAAUUUUGUUAACACUAUUUAUUUAUUUUAUAAGUCGUGUAGAGACAUCAUUCUCUGAGAAAUGUAAAUAGUUUAUUUUGCAUUUGCUGGACCAAUAAAUGUUCCCAUGGAAACCAA